AAAUUUCGUGGCUUCAUCAACGCUUAAAUUAUCGUUAGAUAAUUCGACCGAAAUUUUUGAUUCAUUUUUGUUAAAUCGAGCGUAUACAUUUCAACACGUACGACUAUUUUAACCGGUACCGGCUUAUUGCAGCUGAUUUCAAUUUCGUUUUCUCUCUCAUUUGUGAUUGACCGGACAAAUUGGCCAUGGCAUGAUAUUUGGUCGAGAAAUUCAUGUUUCAAACGGAAUUUUCCAAUCAAUUUUUUCAUACAAUGAUGAUAAUACACAUCAUUCAGCUGUCAUCUAUCAAUUUUACAAAUAUUCCACUUGAUGAAAAUCAUUUAUAGUCAUUAUUGUUUUUGUAUAGAAGAAUCACCGAAUUAAAUAAUUCGAAAAUGUCAUCAACAUCGUUAUUACGGUCAUUUCGAUGGCAACAAAUUUCAUUACCACAAAAUACCACUGCCCGGCGAUUGAUUAUAUUUGGUCCACCAUUAAUUCUUGGCAGCCUUUAUCUUUGUAAACAGAUUUAUCUGUACCUGAAAUUUGGACGAAAAAAACGAUUAAAUAUUGAUAGUGGAAAUGUCUAUGAUACUUUUGAUCAUUCACAAGUAACAACACCGGGUACAAAUACUACUACUGUUACUAAUAAUUCUAUUUCAAUAAAUCAUUCAUCAUCGGAUAAUGCUGAUGGUUGUGUAAUAUCAACAACCGGUGAUCAUCAUCAUCAUUCAUCAUCAAUCAUAAAAAUACGUUCGGCAUUACUUUCAAAUAAAUGUUCAUAUUGUCGUAGUAAUCAAAAAUUAUCAUUUAAAGAUUCAGAUAUAUUUGAAACAUCAUUGAAGAAUCUAUCAACAACACAAUUAAUCAAAGUUAGCCUAGAUAAAUUAAAUAAUGUAACACGUACAUUGGAUGAAAUGAAAAUGAAACAGAAUAUUCUUAAAAAUAUAAAUGAUACAUCAAAUAUUGAUACAAGAAUCGAUGAUCUAUAUGAAAAACUUGAAUCAAUGAUUUCAGAAUUUGAAUCAUUACGAAAUGAAAAUAUGCCCAUAACAUAUGGACCAUCAACUAUUAAUCAAAUUGAUGAUAAUAAUGAUGAUGAUUUUGAUGAUCAAUCAUCAUAUAUAUCAUCGGCGACAACAACAUCACUUGGUUAUUGGGAUCCAGAGCCAAAUUUACAUUUUUUUCAAUUAUAUCAAGAUUCAUUGCAAAUGGUUGAUCGAAUCAAACCACCAAAAACAGAUCGUACAAUAACAACUUGUAGUGAAAAUUAUGAUGAUUUUCUUGCCAAAGUUCAUUGUUUACGACAAGCAUUUGCUGCAUUAUUCACUAAUAUUGAAUUGCGACAACGUUAUGCAAAAAUUGGUGAAGAAAUUCUACGUAUUUUGUUGGAUCAUUCAUUGAGGGAUUCAAACGAAUGUAUCAAAGCAUAUUAUACGUUUUUAGAUUAUGCACAAAAUGAUGAUUAUGUUGCUACAACUGAAAUGGAACUUGAACCAAGAAAAAUUGCCAUGGUAUCAUUCUAUGAUAUUGUAUUGGAUUAUAUGUUGCUUGAAUCAUUUGAUGAUAUUGAAAAUCCACCAUCAGCUGUAAAAAGUAUAAUUAGUAAUAAUUGGUUAUCGGCAUCAUUUCGUGAGAUUGCAUUACAAACAACCGUAUCGACUGUGAUGCGUAGAAAACGUUCCAAAUUGAUUGUUAAAGAUGGAUUUUUUGAACAUUUUUAUCGUAUAUUGGAUCAUUUAUCACCAAUAUUAGCAUGGGGAUUUCUCGGUACAGAUGAUAAUCUAAAAUUUAAAUGUGAAUCCGUAAAAGAUUCUACACAUGCCGUUGUACGUGAUUAUUUUUCAUUCGAUCGUUGCCGUUAUACAUAUCUUGAUGAUCUUUGUGACGAUAUUAAACGAGUGACUGAAGAACGUUUCUGGGAAUUGAAUAAUAAGCUCAAAAUUCUGAAUAAUUCAGACUUAUAAUUGAUGUAAAAAAAAAAAACAAAAAAAAAAAAAAAAUUUUCUUUA